UUCAGAAUCAAAACAAUGGCCGACUGGAGCUAGCUAGUUUUCUUUUAACAUGAAUGCUAUUUUCAACUGUAGAUUUACAGGUAGGCAUUAUUUUAAAGACAAUAUCAGUGUUAUGAGCAAACGAUUCACAAAGUGUACAUUACGAGCAAGAAACUAGCUGUUUGUGGCCUGCUUUGAGCGUCGCCAUGAGUGAUGUUGUCGAGAAGACUCUGUCUGCUCUCCCGAGUCUCCUUUCGCUAGACUCGCAGGCAGGAGCUGGGAAACUUUCCCCCUCCUCCAAAUUAGGGAACCUGAUCAAGGGAAUCACUGAACUGACGUCCAAACAUGAGGAGGAAAAGCUUAUUAAAAAGGAACUGGCUGCUAUCAAGGAGCAGGUAGCAUCUCCCAACACCACCAUGCGUCAGAUGAAGGAAAUAAUGGUGAGAGCUAUCUACUGUGAGAUGCUGGGUUACCAGGCGUCCUUCAGUUACAUCCACGCCAUUAAACUGGCUCAGCAGGGCAGUGUUCUAGAGAAGAGAGUGGGUUACCUUGCUGUGUCCUUGUUCCUUAACGAAACGGAUGAGUUUCUGCUUCUCCUGGUGAACACCGUCUUAAAGGAUCUGCAGAGUACCAACCUGAUCGACGUGUGCAUGGCUCUAACUGUGGUCAGUCAGGUGUUUCCCAGAGACAUGAUACCUGCCAUCCUACCAGUGGUGGAGGAAAAACUCACACAUCCAAAGGAGAUCAUCCGGAGGAAAGCAGUCCUGGCUCUGUACAAGUUCUACCUCAUCGCGCCCAACCAGGUGCAGCACAUCCACAGCAAGUUCCGGAAGGCCCUGUGUGACAAAGACCCGGGAGUCAUGGCAGCCUCUCUACACAUCUACCUGCAGCUCAUCAAGGAGAACCCGGAGAGCUACAAGGAUCUGACCGUGAGCAUGGUGACAAUCCUGGGACAGGUGGUAGGGGGUAAACUCCCCAUGGACUUCAACUACCACAGCAUUCCUGCUCCCUGGCUUCAGAUACAGCUGCUCAGAAUACUGGCCUACUUGGGGAAGGAAGACCAGGGAACUAGUGAGUUGAUGUAUGACGUGCUGGAGGACUCCUUAAGAAGAGCAGAGAUGAACCACAACAUGACUUACGCAAUUCUAUUUGAGUGUGUGAAGACAAUCUUUACGGUUCAUCCAAAGGCACAACUGUUGGAGAAAGCGGCGGAAUGCAUCGGGAACUUUGUCCUAUCACCUAAGAUCAACCUCAAGUAUCUGGGUUUGAAGGCCCUGACGUAUGUGGUGCAGCAGGAUGCUAACCUGGCCCUGCCUCACCAGAUGACCAUCAUAGAGUGUCUGGACCACUCUGACAUCAUCAUUAAGCGUGAGACACUGGAGUUACUCUUCCGCAUCACCAAUGCCCAGAACGUUACAGUGAUUGUCGAGAAGAUGCUUGAGUUCCUCAGGAUGACCAGUGACGACUACAGCACCAUAGACCUAGUGGGGAAAGUAGCAGAACUAGCUGAAAAGUAUGCCCCCGACAAUGGCUGGUUCAUCCAGACUAUGAACUCGGUGUUCUCUCUGGGGGGAGACGUGAUGCAGCCUGACAUCCCUAACAACUUCCUUAGACUACUGGCUGAUGGUGUUGAUAGUGUGGAGGACAGGCGGAUGAGGCUGUUUGCUGUGGACUCCUACGUGUCCUUGCUACAGGGAGAGACGGCCCAGCUGCCCCAACGCUUCCUACAGGUCAUCAGCUGGGUGCUGGGUGAGUAUUCUCACCUGAGAGAGGAGCAGGACUCAGGCACAAUAAUGAGACUGCUGGCCAGACUUCUGGACCAGAGAAACACCUCUACUGAGACCAGGAGCUGGGUACUGGGAGCCAUGACCAAGCUGUGCUCCAACCCAGUGUCUGUGGCCCUGGCCAGGGAUGUGUGUGAGAGGUACUCUGGGUCUCUGAAUACGGUGCUCCGGCAGAGGGCCCAGGAACUGAUGAUCCUUAGCCAGGAUACAGAGCUCCGAGCCAGGGUACUGCCAGCCGAGGGCAGGCUAGAACACCUGGAGGUAGACUCGUCCCUGUCCUUCCUGGAUGGCUAUGUGUCUGAGGCGUUGGCUGCUGGGGCAGCUCCUUACAAAUCCCCUCACCAGAGACAGGAGGACCUGGCCCAGGAGAAAGCUCUGACCCUGGAGCCCUAUGGUCUGUCCCUGCCGGUCAGUCUGUCUUCCUGCAGCGUCACAGACCGACUGACCGACGGACUUUCUCCUACUCUACUCUCCAUGAGCUCAGGCCUGUCUGGGAACAGCACCGAGCUAUCUCACGGAGGAGGCUCUACCACUCUGAAGUUGGACGGGGUGAAGAGGGUGUGGGGGAAGGAGGGUUACCUGGCCCAGCAGCAGAGUGUAGAAGACACCCCAACCCCCCCAGUGCAGCUGCCCAGUCCCCUGCUGUCCCCCCAGAGGCCACCUUCCCAGACACAGACGCCUGAGCCUGACCAGGAGAAACAACAGCUGGCCUCGUCACUCUUCGUUGGCCUGGGGUCCCACAACUCUGUGUGUCUGAUGGGCAGAGCCGAGCCGGCGCCCCAACACUUCAGAAGGAAACCCAGAGGUGGGUCAUCAGGCGCCAGCGAACGCUCCUCUGACUCCUCCCAUUCGUCUCGCAGCGCUGCCGUGGACAACCUGCUACUCAGCAACCUGCUGGACUCUACCACUGUGGCCUCAGAAGGGGGUGCUACCACCACCACACCUCAACAGACCUCCCAGAGAACACUGGACCAUACCACGAGCAACGGUAGCCCCCAUGUAGAGGGGAAGGAGGAGGGAGUAGCAGCAGGAGGAUCUCUCUCUCUGAUCAGGGGCAUGGUGGCUGUUGUACUGCCCACACACACAGAGACAGACCCACAAUCAGAUCUACACCCAGCCCCUCACCCAGCUCCAGCCCUAGAGAGACCCAGGGACCUCCCUCUCACCUCCCACCUGCCAGCAGAGCUCUCUGGGCUGGCCCGCUCUGAGCUCACCCCCCUCUGCUCGGACCAGGACCCCAGCCUGGCUCUGUCAGCCUGUAGAGUGUAUAAAGAGGACGCCUUGGUGGUGCUGGUCUUCAUCGUCAACAACACUAACUCAACACUCCACCAGAUGGCGCUGCAGCUCACCUGCAAAGAACUGGAGAUCUCCUGUAUCUCAGGCAGUCCGUUAAAGGAGGUUAAGGGUCACAGUGUGUCGGUUUGUCUGCACACGGUUGUCAUGAAGAGAGCCUCAGUCCAGGUGGAGCUGGCAGGGCUACUGUCCUACCAGAGACCCUUGGGCCAGCCUCGGGCAGCACAGUUCUCACUGAGCCUCUCCCUGAAACACUUCAUCAGGCCGCUGACUGUGUCCACAGGGGAGUAUGGGAAAAUGUGGUUGUCUUUCUCUCAUGACUUGAAGCAGAACCUUCGACUGGUAACAACAGAACACCAAGAACCUCUGACGGCCACACUGGACGCACUGAAGAGCAAACUACACCUCCACAUUGUCGACAUCAUAGGGUCAGAGGGCAUCGUGGCGUGCCGGCUGCUCCAGGGGGAAGGUCACGGUCAGCCGUGUCUGCUUCACUGUCGUGUCCACGCCGACACUCUGGCCGUGUGGCUGCGCUCCCCUGUCCCUGAGCUGCCGGACUCCCUCCUCUACCACUGUCAGAAAGCCCUGACGGAGACCUGAGCCGGGCCGUGUCUCAUUCCAGAAAGAUGUUCCACUUUUCCUUCUGCCCUCGUUCACCUCACUGGUCAAACAUGGCUUGAUCUGUUUGUUUUUUUUAAAGUAAUAUUGGCAGCGACUAAGGAUGCGUUUAGACAGGCAGCCCAAUUCUGAUAUUUUUUUUUUCUGAUGUGAAAAGAUCUGAUGUGAUUGGUCAAAAAGACCAAUUAGUGGAAAAAAAAUAUCACGCAAAUAUACGCAGCCUGCCUAUUUGGUUUUAUACCUGCCCAGUUGUUUGUCUCAUCGGUAAAGGAGAGUCAACAAGGAGGAAGGGGAGGAAACCACUUCAUGGAAUGAAGUACAGCCCUGAGCUCACUGGCCCACAGCACCACCACUGCAGGGCCAACUGAAGAGGUUCCACAGAAUCUCCUCGUUGAAGCACAGAGACAGAAGGAACCAGUGGAAAGCAGCUGACAUUAUGUGUCCUUGUCUUAUUUUUUUAUUAUUUUUUCCGGCUGUGAUUUCACGUGGUUAAAUUAUUUUUAUUUUUUAUGCUCAUGUAUGAAUUUAUUGUAUUUUUUAAAACUGGAACAACUAAUUGUUCCUAUCGCUUCACUUAGCUCUUUGUAAAAGCGUGAGCUGUAAACCUCAGAAGGAACCAGUGGAAAGCAUGCUGUGUGUAAGACACGUUUAGGAAGUAAACACGUAUUAAAUGGGCAGUUCAGUUGUCUCUCAGUUCUACAUGCUUUGACUUGAAUAAGCAUCUCCAGAGAGCUUCCCGGUCUGUGUGAGAACAAAGCAUAGGGAGGCUAGAAGUCAUGUGAUUCACGGCCAUGUUUCCCAUUUGGUAUUUUAUGUACUUAUUGGUCUCGUUGAAUGUUGGGUAGGUGUAGCUAUGGCACUAGUUGAACUGGUUUUUGAAUAGCACACAGUUAAGCUUCAGUAGUUAAAUGAAUGACAUGAUCAAUAUUCAAAAAGGUAUUAUCAAGGAUGAAAUGUUUCAGUUUAACAGUACAUGUUAUACUGAACUGUCGUCCUGUCGUUGUCCUGCAUGUUACGUUCUCCAGAUGCUGCAUCUAUAGUUAUUAAAUUAUCCACUAACAGUAUGCAUUUGAUUGAUUUGUCUAAUUCACAGGCAAGAGCUGAAACCCUGGAGUCUUCAAUUAUUAUAUUUAUAACAAUGCAGCAUUUCAAACGUAUUUAUAUAUAUAAAUAUUAUAUAUAUUAUAUAAUAUAUAUAUAUAUAUUGUUGUAAAAUAUCUGGUUAUCUUGUAAAAUAUCUGGUUAUCUUGUAACAUACAAGAUAAAGAGCUUUAAGUCAAAAUGUUUUGCUUCAUGUGUUCCCCUCAGAUAUCUUCAUGUGUGCCCCUCAGAUAUCGGUCCUCAAGCAGUUUGUCUAAUGUUAAUCUAUACCACUACACACUUCCUCCUCAAACUCGCUGUGCGCCAUAACCAGGGGGACGAGAGAGGUUUAGCCUUUUUUCGUUUGUAAAAGCUUGUGUGCUAAAAGUGGAGAAUUGAAUGGAACUGAAGAAUUGUAUGUCAUUUGAACGCUAACACAAAGACAACCAACCAAACACCUUAUGUUCUGAUGCCAAGGAGACAUGUUCAUUUGUGCCUUUAGUACAAAGAGACCUGUGCACUUCAGUGCCUGUCUGCAGUUCAGUUCUGCUUACUUCAGUUAAUAAACCUGGCAUUUUAAAGCUUUUA